CAGACUGCGUGCGAUCCUCGAACGAAACGGUUGUGCUCAUUGCGUGAGCGGCACUAACGAAAAAACGCGUUGAAUGCAAAUUAUUUUGUAUAAGUCGAGCGAAGAUCAAAUUGUGUGUUCUUCUCGCUAAACAUACAGUAACAACAACGGUGUUGAAAUUUAUACAUUCUAUAUGUAUAUAAAUUGAUCAAUAUCUAAAAAUUAAUUUAAAUAUCAAAAGCCAAAACGAAACGUCUACGUGCGCAAAGUGUGUGUAAAACAACAAAAAAUACAAAAAAGCAAAACGCGCAGCGAGCAUAAAAAGAGAGCGCAAAAGGAAAAAGAAAAAAAACGUGAUGCAGCUUUGUGGUGGAAAUAUCUGAGAGAGACGUUCGCGUCGCAUUCGAAAACGGCAACGGAAAAUAUGUGAAUUAUGUGUGAAAAUUGUUGAAAUUAUUGUGGAAAAUGUGCACAAAUGCUGUCCCCAAGUAAAGCUAUCUCAAACACGAGUCUACAUCGAGUUAAAGCCACCGCGAAGCCAGCAAUCACAACAAAAACAAAAGAGAUAACGAGAGAGCGCUUUUAAUUUGAAAUGUGUGUUGUGCAAAUGUGGUGUGUUGUUGUUUGCAUUUGUUCCGAAAAUGCAGCUACAAAUUGAAUACAAAAUUUGAGAAGAGAAAAAAAAGCAUAGUGUUCUUUUUUUUUGUUUGAACAUCAAUAACAAAAAUAAACAAUACACGCGACACACACACAAGCACAGAUAGAGAGACAUAGCAAAAGAGCGAACUGAGUGAACUUCAGGCAGAUUGGUAGCACUUUUCUGUCGCUGUUAGUUAACAGCAUAGCUUCGUACUGACACUUUACAGCUGAGAGAGACGCGGUGAGCGAGAGAAAGAGCGCGUUGUGUGACACCCACACAAACACUUUAUCCUUGCACACACCAACACCAAUACACACCGUAAUACAUAUACACAAACAUGGAUAGGGAUAGGGAGAGCCUGCCGCGAGUACCGGACACACACGGCGAUGUUGUCGAUGAGAAAUUAUUCUCGGAUCUUUACAUACGCACCAGCUGGGUGGACGCUCAAGUGGCGCUCGAUCAAAUUGAUAAGGGCAAGGCGCGUGGCAACCGCACGGCAAUCUAUCUGCGUUCAGUAUUCCAAUCCCACCUCGAAACGCUCGGCAGCUCGGUGCAAAAGCAUGCGGGCAAGGUGCUCUUCGUGGCCAUCCUGAUGCUCAGCACGUUCUGUGUGGGCCUCAAGAGCGCCCAGAUCCAUUCGAAGGUGCAUCAACUGUGGAUACAGGAAGGCGGUCGACUCGAAUCCGAGCUCGCCUACACACAAAAGACAAUUGGCGAGGACGUAUCCACGACGCAUCAGCUGCUCAUCCAGACGGCGCACGAUCCCAAUGCCUCCGUAUUGCAUCCGCAAGCGCUUCAAUCGCAUCUCGAGGUGCUGAUCAAGGCGACGGCGGUCAAGGUGCACAUGUACGACACGGAAUGGGGACUGAAGGACAUGUGCAACUCACCGACAACGCCCAGCUUCGAGGGACACUAUUACAUUGAGCAGAUACUAAAGCAUCUUAUACCCUGUUCGAUUAUUACGCCGCUGGAUUGCUUCUGGGAGGGCAGUCAGCUGCUGGGACCCGAAAUUCCUGUUUUUAUACCUGGGCUCAAUCGACAUCUGCAGUGGAGCACGCUGAAUCCCUCGGAGGUGAUGCAGUUCAUGAAGCAGAAAAUGUCCGAUCAAAAGAUCAACUUUGACUUUGACACCGUCGAGCAGUACUUGAAGCGUGCGGCCAUCACCAGCGGUUACAUGGAGAAGCCCUGUCUCAAUCCCCAGCAUCCGCUCUGCCCGGACACAGCGCCCAACAAGAACAGCACACAGCCACCAGAUGUGGGUGCCAUUCUCUCGGGAGGCUGCUAUGGUUAUGCGGCCAAGUAUAUGCACUGGCCGGAGCAAUUGAUUGUGGGAGGGUCGCAACGCAAUCGGAGCGGACACCUGAAGAAGGCCAAGGCACUACAGACGGUGGUCCAACUGAUGACCGAGAAGGAGAUGUACGAUCAGUGGCAGGAUAACUACAAGGUGCAUCACAUUGGUUGGUCACAGGAGAAGGCCGCCGAAGUGCUGAAUGCGUGGCAACGCAACUUCUCCCGCGAAGUGGAGCAACUGCUGCGCAAGCAAUCCCGCAUCGCUGCCAACUACGACAUCUAUGUGUUCAGUUCCGCCACCCUGGAUGACAUCCUGGCCAAGUUCUCGCACCCGAGUGCGGUGAGCAUUGUGAUUGGAGUUGCUGCCACCGUGUUGUAUGCCUUCUGCACGCUGCUGCGCUGGCGUGAUCCUGUGCGUGGCCAGAGUAGCGUGGGUGUUGCUGGCGUGCUUCUCAUGUGCUUCAGCACCGCAGCUGGCUUGGGCUUGUGUGCUCUGCUGGGAAUUGUCUUCAAUGCAGCCAGCACGCAGGUUGUGCCUUUUCUGGCCCUUGGCCUCGGGGUGGAUCACAUCUUUAUGCUGACGGCAGCGUAUGCGGAGAGCAAUCGCAAGGAGCAGACGAAGCUCAUACUGAAGAAGGUCGGACCCAGCAUUCUCUUCAGUGCCUGCAGCACGGCGGGCUCCUUUGCCGCAGCUGUCUUCAUUCCGGUGCCAGCGUUGAAAGUGUUUUGCCUACAGGCUGCAAUUGUGAUGUGCUUCAAUCUAGCUGCUGCGCUUCUGGUAUUCCCCGCCAUGAUUUCGCUGGACUUGCGUCGUCGCACCGCCGGCAGAGCGGACAUCUUUUGCUGCUGUUUUCCCGUGUGGAAGGAGCCACCCAAACAGCUGGUCAUGAACAACAACAACGUCCGCAGCUCGCGACACCUCAAGAACUCGAACAAUCUGCAGCAGCAACAGGAACCACAGCAGCCGGCACAGAAUCCGUUGCUAGAGUCCAGAGGAACAGCAUCGGGUGCGCCAGCGACAACUGAGGAGAACACCUUCUUUCUGCCCUGCUUCUCACUAAGGAGCUUUGCCUUCAAGUAUUAUACGCCGUUUCUCAUGCGCAGCUGGGUUAAAUUUCUGACCGUGAUGGGUUUCCUCUGUGCGCUGAUCUUCAGCCUGUACGAGGCGCGAUCACUGCAGGAUGGUCUCGAUAUCAUUGAUCUGGUACCGAAGCACAGCAACGAGCACAAGUUCCUCGAUGCGCAGACGCGUCUCUUUGGCUUCUACAGCAUGUUUGCGGUGACCCAGGGCAACUUUGAGUAUCCCACACAGCAGAAGCUGCUCUGCGACUACCACGAAGCCUUCGUCCGAGUGCCGCAUGUGAUCAAGAACGACAAUGGAGGUUUGCCCGAUUUCUGGCUGGUGCUCUUCCGCGAGUGGCUGUUGAAUCUGCAGCGCAUCUUUGACGAUGCGGUUGCGAACAAGAAUCUCACCACUGAGGGAUGGCAUGGGAAUGCCAGCAGCGAUGCGAUACUCGCUUAUAAGCUGAUUGUGCAGACGGGUCAUGUGGAUAAUCCGGUGAAUAAGAAUCUAGUGCUCAGCAAUCGACUUGUGACCAGUGAUGGCAUCAUCAAUCCCAAGGCCUUUUACAACUAUCUCUCGGCCUGGGCCACCAACGAUGUGUUUGCCUACGGCGCCUCUCAGGCAAAACUGUAUCCGGAACCACGUCAGUAUUAUCAUGCGCCAGCCGAGUACGAUCUGAAGAUACCGAAGAGUCUGCCUUUAGUUUAUGCCCAGAUGCCUUUUUAUCUACACGGCUUGACGGACACGUCGGAGAUCAAAACGCUAAUCGGACACAUACGUGAUCUGAGUGUCAAGUUCGAGGGCUACGGGUUACCCAACUAUCCCUCAGGCAUUCCCUUCAUCUUCUGGGAGCAGUACAUGACGCUGCGCUCCUCGCUGGCGUUGAUUCUAGCCUGCGCAUUCCUGGCUGCCAUGUUGCUGGUCUCACUGCUGUUGCUCUCGGUGUGGGCAGCCGUGUUGGUCAUCAUCACGGUGCUCGCAUCGCUGGCACAGAUCUUUGGCGCCAUGACGCUGCUGGGCAUCAAGCUGUCGGCGAUUCCCGCCGUCAUACUCAUACUGAGCGUGGGCAUGAUGCUCUGUUUCAAUGUGCACAUUUCACUGGGCUUCAUGACAUCGGUGGGUAAUCGACAGCGACGUAUUCAUCUGGCCAUGCAGCUGUCGCUGGGUCCGCUGGUCCAUGGCAUGCUCACCUCGGGCAUGGCUGUGUUUAUGCUCUCCACAUCGCCCUUUGAGUUUGUCAUACGGCACUUUUGCUGGCUGCUGCUCGUCGUCCUAUGCGUCGGCGCCUGCAACAGUCUUGUCGUCUUCCCCAUCAUACUGAGCAUGCUGGGACCCGAGGGCGAAUUGGUCCCGCUCGAGCAUCCCGAUCGCAUCUCGACGCCAUCGCCGGUGCCACUGCGUAGCAAACGCUCCAACAAAUCAUUCAUUGUGAAUGGAUCGCGUGGCUCGUCACGGAAUUCGAACAAUUGCCACAAAGCGCAUCACUAUCACAAGGAUAUGAACAUUAAUGAUCCGUCGCUGACGACGAUCACAGAGGAGCCGCAGUCGUGGAAGUCGAGCAAUUCAUCGAUACAAAUGCACAACGAUUGGUGUGCGCCGUCAGCUCCGACGAUGCAUCACAACUACAAUCACAAUCUGAACAAUCAUUACAUGAACAACAUCAACUAUCAGCAUCGCGAACGUGAACGUGAUCGUGAACGGGAACGUGAAAGGGAACGCGAGCGUGAACGUGAGCGGGAACGUGAAAGGGAUCGUGAACCAACGUAUCCAAGCAACGGCUGCGGCAACAGCAACAGCAGCUAUGCGGUGCCACAGCCCUCAUACCACAAGGUGUCGCAAUCGCAGUACGGGCCGCCGGAGCUGCAGAGCAUUGUGGUGCAGCCGGAGGUGACGGUGGAGACGACGCAUUCGGAUAGGAAUACCACCAAGGUGACGGCGACGGCCAACAUUAAAGUGGAGCUGGUCACACCGGGACAUGCGGUGCGCAGCUACAACUUUACCAGUUAGCCCAGCUGCUAGCUGCUGCUUCUGCAUUAGUUCCUGUAGCCAUUAACGACUAUCACACACUCUAUAUAUAUAUAUAUAUAUAUACUAUAUCUGUAUCUUAAUCUGUAAUCUGUAUAUGAUGUGUAUGCAUGUUAGUUAAUUUCCCAUACUUGUAUGUGUGUCUAGUAUAGAUCUAUAUAUGUAUAUAGAAAUAUAUAUAGAGCACGCUGCUACGCUCUCUCCGCAUGCUUAGCAGCAACUCCCCCCUUGUAUGUAUUGUAUUUAGUACUUAAGGCAUUUUUAUACAUAGAGUUAUUUAUUGUAACACACACACACACACACACGAACACAAACACAGCUAUGUACUUAUAUAUACAUAAAUAUAUAUAAUUUAAUGCGAGAUUCACACACACACAAAUGUCAAAAAGCACUAGUAAUUUAUAGCAUUUAAUUUAGUUUAAAUAUGUACAUAAAACACAAGGACUUGAACCAAAAUAGUAUCGCUUAAAAACAAAAAACACAAAAACAACAAAAUAUAAAAAACAAUGAUGUAAGCUUAAAAAUAAAACGAACGAAAGAGAAUUUUACUAAAAAAAAAAUGCAACAAAACAAGAAUCCCUCCUUUAGGUACUUAAAAACAAAAUUAUUCAUUGUUAGGACAAGAAAAUUGAUGAAUUGAUGAACUAUUUAUCAUUUACAAAGUUUCUACAAAAGCAAAAGCAUUUAAAUAAA